GGCUCAUUCAUCGAAAAUCCCCUGUUUAGUAAGGUCGUAAUUUCCAGCUAAAUUUUAGUGCUUUUUACACAGUUCCAUUUUUAUUCUAUAUUAUAUAUUCUAGUACUCCAAACAACACAAUUUUUUCGCUAUCAAAAUUUAUUGUUAAGCGGUAUUGAAGUCAUGGAUUCCGACGAUUGCAGCUCGGGAUCAGAUCUAAGUUCGUGGUCAAACUCUACCGUGGGCGAUGUGCCUACCGCAAGUAGCUGCACGCUGCAAGCUUGUCCCUCGAAGAGGUGUAAUGUAGAAUGCUGCGAGGGAGACCCGAGCCGUCCUCCCUACACCAAGGUCAUGCCGGAGGAUCGGCGGUACGGCGUGGUUGUGAGCAAUGAGGAGGACCCCUGUUGCUGCCAGUUUACUUGCGUACUUCAGUUCCUGCUGAAAUCCUUCCACACCGUUGGAGAUGAAGUCAGUACUCUGCGCUUCAGCGAGUGCACCUCGGUGGAGCAAUUCGAUUGCAACUUGAUAAUCGUCGGCCGGGAUGAUCAUACGAAGGACUGGCUGAUCACCCAGACCAGAGGGAUCUGCCCACCCUUUAAAGUCACCUCUUUCAUUCGACAUUUUGAACUCGUCAAGGUGUCUUUCGUGAUACCACAGGUGGUGGACGUUCGUCUCUGUCGCAUAUUUAACAUUUUCGAGAAGCAGCUUCGUGGACUUGACACUGGCAAGUGGUGUGUGGUGAAACAAACCCCCCUGGAUGAAUGCAGUGCGGAGUACCAAUCGAAGGUGGUGUACCCAGAGGUGAAGAACGUCGAAAUACUGGCCUAUAUAGACGAAGAGAGCGCAGACAUAAUCAAAAGGAAUUGCUCGAAGAUCUGCUACAUGCUAUUCCAUCUGCCGGUGGACUUCUGUCCAAGGGGCUAGCCCAUCCGAAUGACUUCGAUCGAAAGCGUUUUCAAUCAUUCCGAUUUAUAAUUUUUUUAACAAUGUAUCAAAAGCCUUGUCACUAGAACACAACGGCAUUGAAAGCAAAAAGCAAAAGCAAUCCCCACUCUUGCUAGAAAAAAUAAUACUGAAAUCCAACAUCGUUGGAUAUUCUGUAAGGCGAGAUGGUUAUGAAGCUAAAAAACAAAAUGGACUAAAUUAUCAUAAUAUUUUAGCAGUAUUUAUUUUAUUUUGACUACAUAUCACUGCAAUGUGCUAAAAUCUUGUACGAAAAUUAGAAAAUUACAUCCAAGCUU